AUGUCAGUGACGUUAACACUCGCUAUUGCGCUUGUCUCAUACUUCAGCGUGUCCUUGUCUACGGCAGAACAGGUUGUUCUGGCUGCUGAAGCUUCUGGAAUUCCGGAUUGCACGGAAGCUGAUGCUUACUGUGCCUCUAUCAUCCCCGGGUCCUAUUGUAAGUAUUGGAGUACUCCUAGUGUUUGCCAAAGUGAUCGACGUUUGACCGAGGGCUCUGGAAAGCGUCAACUUUGGGAAAAUGUCAGAUGUGAUUGUCUAUGGGCUACCACCACUACUCCGGCUACCACCACUACUCCGGCUACCACCACCACUACUCCGGCUACCACCACCACUACUCCGGCUACCACCACCACUACUCCGGCUACCACCACCACUACUCCGGCUACCACCACCACUACUCCGGCUACCACCACCACUACUCCGGCUACCACCACCACUACUCCGGCUACCACCACCACUACUCCGGCUACCACGACUACUUCCAGCACUCCCGGUUGUCCAGAGGGUGAUGCUUACUGUGCGUCUAUUAUGCCUGGAUCCUAUUGCAA